GAUCAUCACCAAGUCGAGACGGUUCAGAGGAGGAUGAGCUUGGCAAGUCGGUGGGCGACGACGGCGAGUCUGCGCUGCUGGAGGUAUCCAGCACCGCUGUAUACCAGGUCUUUGCCGCUUGCGCUCAUUCAACCAAGAAUAGAAAGGGCCAGCGUCGCCGUUCGCUGCUCGACCUCGAUCUCGAGACCGUCGGAUCCAAAGACACAGAAUGGCGGUAUUCUGUCGAAGCUGAAGCCAUACGCUGCCCUCGCACGCCUGGACAAGCCAACCGGGACCCUUCUCCUCUUUUGGCCCUGCGCAUGGUCUCUGGCCAUGGCUGCUCAAGCUCUCCACACGCCGCCGACGACACUUGCGUGGCAGACGGUCCUCUUUGGCACGGGCGCAUUCAUCAUGCGCGGCGCUGGCUGUACGAUCAACGACAUGUGGGAUCGAAAACUGGACGCCAACGUCGAGAGGACAAAGUCGAGGCCGCUCGCUGCUGGUGACAUCACGCCCUUUCAAGCUCUUGUCUUUCUCGGCGGACAGCUCUCGGCAGGACUGGCUGUCUUGCUUCAGCUCAACACCUACAGCAUCCUUCUCGGCGCAUCUUCGCUGUCUCUUGUUGUCAUCUACCCGCUAAUGAAGAGAAUCACCUACUGGCCUCAAUUUGUGCUUGGUCUUGCCUUCAAUUGGGGUGCACUCCUCGGCUGGUCCGCCCUGGCCGCCUCGCUCGACGCAGGCGCCCUGUCGGUGGUGCUGCCCCUGUACGGGGGCAGCAUCCUCUGGACGCUCGUCUAUGACACCAUCUAUGCACAUCAGGACCGCGUCGACGACGUGGGCGCAGGUAUCAAGAGCACCGCGCUCCUCUUUGGCGAGCAGACAAAGCCGAUCCUCGCCGCCUUUGCCGCCGGGCAUCUCUCCCUGUUUGCCCUGGCCGCCUCCAAGAUAAACCCUUCCUCCUUCUCGUCCACUUCCUCGCUCUUCGACACGCUCAUGACACAUCAUCCUUGUGUGUCCGUCUCGCUGGUCGCGGCUGCAUCUCACUACGCCUGGCAGCUGUGGACCGUCGAUCUGAACAGUCGAGAGGACUGCUGGGCCAAAUUCAGGUCCAACGUCGUCCUUGGCUUCCUGCUCUGGGCCGGCUUGGUGGCCGACUACUAUCUUGUCAUGUCCUCGGAGGCAGAGCCUCAAGCGAGACUCGUCAAUGCUGAUGAUCACCAAGUGUAACUCUACAUGUAAACUUAAUCUCACGUCCUCUAUCCGGGCCUUGCUUUUCCAUCUUCAGUCAUUGCAGAAAUCGUUAUAUACAGCAC